AUGUCAGUGUCAGAGGCCGCGCCAAACAGUUCAAUGACACUUCAAGACUUACUGAACGACAACGAAUUUCAAGUACAAGAUUUCAAUCAAGAAAGGAACGAUGCUAGUAAUAUUGAUGUCAUCGUGCGAGACAGCCUAAGCUUAUUCAUCAAAGGGGAUCCCAAGCGUUCUCUGGAGCUUUUAUGUUCUCCCGGAGUUUUGGGUCGAGAAGACCUAAAGCGACACUCCCAGGUCUGGAAAUUAUUUGUGUCUGCUUACAGGGAUGCCAGGUACGAUACGCUCGGCGUCAGCCUCCAGAAGGUGUUCAAAGAGAGCUUCAGGCAUGCGAAUUUCGAGCACAUAAAAAAAAUCUCGACUUCAGAACCCAUCCAGGAGCGAAUUGGGUUAACUUUGAAAUAUUUUGAGUGCUGUAGCAAAUGCGCACGUAGGAGUUCUAACAAGGACCAGACAGAAUUGCUUGCGCAGGAAACUCGAGCCUCUUUACAAUUUUUUGCUGACCAGAAAUAUCAAUCGGCACAAGACAAAUCGCGGGUAUUAAUGCCUUUAGUCAGUUUUUACAUUUUCACUAUUGGAAUCGAACUGCGACACCAACCGCCGUCAAGAGCUCUUCUGGACAGCCUAACACGUAGGGUUCCAUCCCUUAGUGAAAUUUUAGACUCUCAGGAUGAAACUGCUACUCGAAACUUGGGAUUUAACAGCAUAUAUGCACGUCUUGAUGAAUUGGCGAGGAAAAAGCGCAGUUCGAAACCUGUUUGCACGAUUGAAGAAAACAGACCUAAAACCGAGAUCAUUGAGUUACCACGCAGCCAGGUGCAGAAACCCGCUUCUCAAAAGGCGUUAUCGAGCGCGGAAUUGCUGCAUUGGCGCAGCGUGAUGAACAUCAUCAUUCAAAAGAGAAUCAACCCCAAAACUGCAGUGUUCGUAGUCCUGAUAGCUCUCUUCGCUAUGAAAAGAGUAAAAAAUUUCCCAGUUUCGCUGAGAAAAAUUCUCCUCAUACUAAGAUCUUUCUUCCGAAAUGUCUUGAGGAUAAUUCAACUAAUACUCAGUCUCUAG